AUGCGCUUCUUUGCAGCUUCGACGGCGCUGGCCCUCGCCGCCGCAGCUCACGCCACCUCUUGGACUUUUUCAGAUGCUUCUGUCUCAGUGGACUCCAAGACCUCCGAGAAGACGGUCGAGACAUUCUCCAGCGCCGACCGGUCCAAGAAGACAAUCGACUUUGGGCACCAGGAUGUCCUCAAAAUAACACUGACCACCAAGGACGGAUCCAAAGCCAGGAGACCGCACCAGGCCUUCCUGGUCAUCAAGGAAGCUUCUGGGCUGGAGGCGCCGUAUGCCUUGACUCUGAAGGAGUCUGGCAAGGGCGUGGUCCAAAUCAGCCACAAGGACCUCCCCGCCCAGCUUCUCACCGCGGCCGCUCCCCUCGAGGCCAGCCUGGUCCUCGGUUCGACCGGGUCAACCGAGGGGUCCGUGACGCCCGUCUUCGACAUUGCUGUCAAGUUGGAUCCCGACCACCCCACGUCCCGUCCCGCUGCUCCCCUGCGGUAUGGCAAGCUCGCUGAGAUCCAUCACGUUUUCCGCGCGGACCCCAAGAGCCCGCCCAAGAUUGUGUCGCUGGUGUUUUCGCUUGCUGUGCUGGCCACCGUGCCUGCUCUCUUCCUCGGGUGGAUUGGACUUGGCGGCAACCUUUGCCACGUUCCAACGGCCAUUGGCAAUGCGCCGCUUUCACAUGCCCUCUUCUGCGGGUCCAUCGUGGCCAUGGAAGGGGUGUUCCUGUCGUACUACAGUACGUGGAACUUGUUCCAGACGCUGCCGGUGAUGGCUGUCGUGGGGGUGGUUGCGUUUUUCAGCGGCACCAAGGCUCUUGGCGAGGUCCAGGCCCGAAGAUUGGCUGGGGAUAGGUAA